GCCACCGCCGCAGCCAACUCGGGCCCGAGUUCCCGGCCGCGGUGGAGAGGAGAGGGCAGCCGGCGGCCCGAGCCCGGAGCAGGGCCUGGCCUCCGCCGCUCGGCCGCCGCCCGCGCCCCGCCUCCUCCCGCCUGCUCGGACCGGGCGCCGCGCGGGAGCCCUCGGGGCAAGGAGCGCGGGCUCCGCGGGGGCGACCGGCCGACCUCGGGGGCCGGGCGGACGCUCGGCGGGACCGGAGCGCAGCGCGGAGAGUCGGCGCCCCCGGCCGCCCCGGCCCCGCGGUCGCUGGAAGGGCCGGGCCGGGCGAAGAGCGAGCCGGAGCCCGCGGGCCUGACAAGCCGCGGACGCGCAGUUGUGGUGCCUCUUUCGGGUCCAGGACAUGUUUGCAAGCUGGCCGGAUCCCACGGAGCUCAAACCUCCCCCAACCACCCGACAUAGCCUUGGAGAGGAGCAUGAAAAUUGGAGCCCAUCUCGGAAGCCGUCAGUCCCCGGGGUCUUCCCCGGGCCCUGGGGGGGCGCAGGCGGACCAUGCCCAGCUCGCCCGCCCUGCUCGCCGCAGCUGCUGUGCUGCUCGCCUGCUGGGCCCCGCUUCGGGCAGCGGCCAGCUCCUGGUGGUCUUUGGCCGUGAAUCCAGUGCAGAGACCUGAAAUGUUCAUCAUCGGGGCUCAGCCCGUGUGCAGCCAGCUCCCCGGGCUCUCUGCCGGCCAGAGGAAGCUGUGCCAGCUGUACCAGGAGCACAUGGCCUACAUAGGGGAGGGGGCCAGGACGGGCAUCAGGGAGUGCCAGCACCAGUUCCGGCAGCGGCGGUGGAACUGCAGCACCGUGGACGACGCCUCUGUCUUCGGGAGAGUCAUGCAGAUAGGGAGCCGGGAGACGGCCUUCACCUACGCGGUGAGCGCGGCCGGGGUGGUGAACGCCAUCAGCCGCGCCUGCCGCGAGGGCGAGCUGUCCACGUGCGGCUGCAGCCGGGCCGCGCGGCCCAAGGACCUGCCCCGGGACUGGCUGUGGGGCGGCUGCGGGGACAACGUGGACUACGGCUACCGCUUUGCCAAGGAGUUCGUGGACGCCCGCGAGCGGGAGAAGAACUUCGCCAAGGGCUCGGAGGAGCAGGGCCGCGUGCUCAUGAACCUGCAGAACAACGAGGCUGGCCGGAGGGCUGUGUAUAAGACAGCAGAUGUGGCCUGCAAAUGCCACGGCGUCUCGGGGUCCUGCAGCCUCAAGACCUGCUGGCUACAGCUGGCCGAGUUCCGCAAGGUGGGGGACCAGCUGAAGGAGAAGUACGACAGCGCGGCCGCCAUGCGCAUCACCCGCCGCGGCAAGCUGGAGCUGGUCAAUGGCCGCUUCAAGCAGCCCACCCCCGAGGACCUGGUCUACGUGGACCCCAGCCCGGACUACUGCCUGCGCAACGAGAGCACGGGCUCGCUGGGCACGCGGGGCCGCCUGUGCAACAAGACGUCUGAGGGCCUGGACGGCUGCGCGCUCAUGUGCUGCGGCCGCGGCUACGACCAGUUCAAGAGCGUGCAGACCGAGCGCUGCCACUGCAGGUUCCACUGGUGCUGCUUCGUCCGCUGCAAGAAGUGCACGCAGGUCGUGGACCAGUUCGUCUGCAAGUAGCUGAGGCCACUGUCCAGCACUCCUCCGCGCUGCCACACAGAAGUCUAUAGGAUAUAAAUCUAUAUAAAUUUAUUUUAUAUUUGUAUAAAGAAAAGGAUGGAUGGUAAAUAAUUAAAAGAAGAAGACAGAAAGGAAAAGCCUAUUUAAGAGACGCUGGAGGGACUUCCCUGGUAAGACUCCGCACUCCCAACUCAGAGGGCCCACAUUCAACCCCUGGUCAGGGAACUAGAUCCCACGUGCCACAACUAAGAGUUCACACGCCACAACUAAGGAGCACACGUGCCGCAACUAGGGAGCCUGCAAGCUGCGACUAAGACCCGGUGCAACCAAAUAAAUAAAAUAAAUUUUUAAAAAAGAGAUGCUGGAGAUCUUGA